AGAGACCCUUGCAUUUCCCUCUCACUCUCAUUUUCUAGGGUUUAACUAAAGCUAAAACCCUCACUGCUGAAAUCUCCCUCCCCCCUCUCUCUCUCUCUCAUUCUCUCCCUGAAAUGAAACUCUAUAGCUUACUUCUCCGCACCCUAACCCGCACCCACCCCCAUCCCCACAACCCCACCCUCCUAAUCCCACUCCGGACCCUCGCCUUCUCCUCCGCCGAAGAAGCUGCCGCCGAGCGCCGCCGCCGCAAACGCCGCCUCCGCAUCGAACCCCCUCUCCACGCACUCCGGCGAGACCCCACCACCCCUCGCCCCCCUCGUGACCCCAACGCCCCUCGCCUCCCCGACACCACCUCCUCCCUCGUCGGCCCUCGCCUCUCUCUCCACAACCGCAUCCAGUCCCUCAUUCGUGCUGGCGAUCUCGAUAACGCCUCCGUAAUUGCCCGUAAAUCGGUAUUCUCUCAUCCUCGCCCCACUGUUUUUACUUGUAAUGCUGUUGUUGCUUCUAUGCAUAGGGCGAAAAGAUAUGAGGACUCGAUUGCGUUGUUUGAUUAUUUCUUCAAGCAGUCAAAUAUUGUUCCCAAUGUUGUUGGUUAUAAUUAUUUGAUGAAUGUGCAUUGCGAUAUGGGGAAUGUGGAUGCUGCUUUAGGGGUUUAUAGGCAUAUUAUUGAGAAUGCGCCUUUUUCGCCUUCUGCUGUUUCGUAUAGGCAUUUGACCAAGGGGUUGGUUGAUGCGGGAAGAAUUGGGGAAGCCAUGGGUUUGCUUAGGGAAAUGUUAAGUAAAGGGCACGGAGCGGAUUCGUUGGUUUAUAAUAAUUUGAUUUUGGGGUUUUUGGAGUUGGGGAAUUUGGAGAAGGCGAAUGAGCUUUUUGACGAGUUGAAGGAGAGGUGUUUGGUUUAUGACGGGAUUGUGAGUGGUACGUUUAUGGAAUGGUUUUUUAAACAAGGGAAGGAGAGGGAAGCUAUGGAAGCGUAUAAGUAUUUGUUGAGUAGAGAGUUUAGGAUGGUGCCGCCUACUUGUAAUGUGCUUUUGGAAAUUUUACUUCGGUAUGGGAGGAAGGUUGAAGCAGAGGCAUUGUUUAAUAAAAUGUUAGAUGAUCACACUCCGCCGACGGUUCAGGCUGUGAAUUCUGAUACUUUCAAUAUAAUGGUGAAUGAGUGUUUUAAAGAGGGGAGAAUUUCUGAGGCAUAUGAGGUGUUUAAGAGAGUGGGUAAGGGGUUGAAGUCGAAGCCUUUUAUGAUGGAUGUUGGAGGGUCUAAUAAUAUAAUUAUGAGGUAUUGUGAACAUGAUAUGGUUGAUGAUGCUGAGAAGAUUUAUUUGGAAUUGUGUGGAAGGUCACUGAAUCCGGAUGUUACUACUUACAGAACUUUAAUUGAUGCAUAUUUUAAGGUGGGGAGGGUUGAUAGUGCUUUGGAAAAAUAUAUUAAAAUGGUGGAUGGAGGUUUACGGGUGCUUCCUCAUUAUGCUAAUAGAUGGUUUUCACAGUUAAUUGAAAAUGGUAAAGUUUUGGAAUGUAUACCUAUAUUGUGUAAAAUGGCACAAAAAGAACCAAAACCUGAUGUCACGACCUAUGAUAUCGUGAUUCGGGGGAUUAGCAAGCAAGAUGAUGUGGAUGGUGUUCUUGAGCUACUUAAACAGAUGGUUGAACUUGGUGUAGGCAUUCCUUCGACCCUUGAGCAAUUCCUGAAUGAGCGCUUUAGCAAAGAAGGGCGAGGCGCAGAGAUUGAUAGACUUCUACAUGCCAGACCAACCGCAAGACUGUCUCAAACAGGCAGAUAACGGUUAUAUCAACUUUUAGGUACAGAAUUGUGUAACUCCCUGUUUCGGCCAUUCACCAUUUUUCAUUUGCUAAAAGCAAAAAAAAACAUUACUCUAGUAUAUCUAAGCACUUCGUUCCCACAAGGUUAGGUGGUAUCUUUACUGAUCAAUUAUGAUUAUACAUCAUGUGAUGCUUUGUUGCCA